AUGGCAAAUAAGUACUACUUUGAAGCUUUAGAUAAGACCUUAAGAGAUAUUCUAAGAAUAAGGUAUGAGAAUAGCACUACCAAACCUUUUGGAGGACUUACAAUAAUAUGCGGAGGAGAUUUUUGGCAAAUAUUGCUAGUUGUGCCAAAGGAUACAAGAGCAUAUAUUGUUGACGCAUCUCUUAAUUUAUCCUACCUAUGGCCAUUUUUUAAAAUAUAUGAGCUGCACCAAAAUAUGAGGCUCUAUAAUGGAAGUGUCGAUGAAUAUGAGGUUGCUAAAAUAGCCUCUUUCGACAAAUGGUUGUUGCAGAUUGGGGAUGGUUCAUUAUAUGAUGACAUUGAUAAAGAACUUAUUAAAAUUCCAUCUGAUAUCCAUAAAUACCCAUCUGAUGAUCCCAUGAAUUCUGUUGCGAAGCUAUCUACCCUUCAUUAUUGCAUAAUUAUAAUGACCCAACCUAUUUGA